GCAGAAAAGUGUCUUGCUCUCUUCUCGCUGUUUCCUUGACGUUUUAUGAGAAAUUCUGCGCAGGAGGACCUUUUGUGGCAGUUCUUUGUUUGUUAACUGUCGCAGUCUGCGGAGGAAAGAAACAAGUUGAAUCAUAGGCCUACUCUAAAAGAUUUUGGAACAUCUGAGGAAUGUAAGAAAAGAAGUUAAGUAAAAGCAGCAUGGCCACCGCGGCUACCUCUAAAAGUGGAGCUCCCAAACAGGAAGGCGAAAGCGCCACAGCUACAAAUGGUGGAAGGCCAACAAAGGCACUCCCUCAACAGCCCUUUGAUGACAACGUUUCAGUCCAAAACAUCAAAGCGUACCUAUCUAAUUUUGGUGGAAAGGCAAAGUAUUCGGACAUGGUCACGUUUUUCAAAAGAUCAUUAACAGAUCCCGCUUCUAAAGCAAGGAAAAGAGCUGAUUUCAAAGAUAUCUUGUCAAAAAUUGCAUCUUUCAAGACUGAGGAUGGUGAAAGAUUAAUUUUAUUACGAAGUCCUAGCAGUAAAUGCAAUAAUUUACAAGGUCACCCGCCAAGACCCCUAAGCAGUCCAGAGCAGAGAAGGAUUCACUUGCUUGAUAGAAGAUUAGGGUCUGACAGCUCAGCAUCAAGCCAGUCUUCUUUGUCUACUUGUGAUAGUGGAAUUGGACUUGACUCACAUUCUAUAGCAGGCAAUGUUGCUGCACGAGCUCGUGAAUUAGGAAAGAGCACAGAUUCUUUAGAUGAUGAUUUGAUGAAUGAUCUUUACGACGAUGAAGGCGUAGACUAUACAGUUGCAAGUGGGCAAAGUGAGUUCAGCAAAGAAGAAAAGAAAUGGAUGAUGUACGCAACCCUGUGCGAUUGUCAACAAUUAGCUGCUAUGAUGGAUAAAAACCCUGACUUGCCAAGCAAACGAGAUUUUGUCACCGUAUGUAAUCCCCAACUGUAGUUUUUUAACUUACCUAGGCUUUUAUUGAUAUGGAAAACUUCCCAUUAAAUAAUUCCAAUUACCUAGUAUUGAAAUUCGUCUUUCGCUAUUUACUUUUUAAGCAAACCCUUUGUCGUUGAUAGGCCCUCUGUAACGGACCCCUCUAAAAUACGGAUAUAGAUUUUCGCCAGUCUUCGUGAAGACACUAGUUUCCUUAAACUAAACGCUCCUAUUCAAGUUUUAAUUUUUUUUAUAUAUAAGUAUUGGAGAUUUUUCAAACUGUUAAUAGUCUUCGGAUCAUUUCUUUGAAUUCUCGAAAACCGUCGACAACAAAAGAAAUUUUUUUUUAUAGUCUCCAUUGUGUGAUAUUUCAACUAAACGAAUGAAACAUAAAUUGCUUUUAACAAGUUUCUAAUCCCUUUAUUUCUUUUUCUUUUUCAUGCUUUGGUAUAAACAGGGGGUAAGUAAAGGCUGUUUCUCAAUGUUUUUAUCAUUAUAAAUUUUUGUUAAUUUAUUUGAAGUUGGCUGCUUUAAAAAAUAGCGCAAAGUUACUAUGGAAGGCUAGUCAGGUGGAAGCUGAACGUUUCAUUAACGGCCAUUCCGCAGGACACUAUUUUUCAACCUGUUUUAUCCACAGCACACUUAGAAAAAAACACGGGGUACCCCACCAAAAAACAAUGUUAGAAAAUUAAACUCUGUGGCCUACAUACAUAAUAAUAUAAAGUAUGUAUUCGCUGAGCACGACCUUAUGUAUAUUAACAAUAUAACAGCAUGCACUUCAUCUCGCACUUCAUGACAGGCGGGUAAACUGUAAUUUUCGUUAAUUUUUCUCGAUUACGUAAUUUUUUCUUCAGCCAAUCCCCUUUCAUCGCCAAUAACUGUUCCAAAGAGUUUUUGAAGAAGUUUUUACUAUUGUCUUGUUUUCUUGUUUUUCAUGUUGCCACGUGCUAUUGAAUAACGAGCAAAUACUACUUUCAGUUUACAGCUUUACAUUGGGGAGCAAAACUUGGAAGGCGUGACAUGGUACGGUUGAUCGCUGACUCAGGUGCAGAUAUCAAUGUCAGAACGGUAGGAUGUUUUUUCUCAUUUAUUUCACAUUUGAAACGAUAAAACGUAUCAUUUUUCAACUGUGAUAGAUAUCCAUAUUAUACACUGACAGAACUUUGAAUAGGCCAAAUAUAUAUUUUUUUACUUUGACGGAUACAAGAUGCAAACAAAACUUUCUUCAUUUUGCAUAAAAGUCGACCUGUGUCCAAUCACAUCAUUGCAUGGAGGGUCUUAUGAUAAAAUAAGUUUCUUUUUGUUUGGUUGCCUUUCAAUACAUUUUGCGAUCGCCAUGUUUAUAUCCGUUGAAUUAAAGUUAUCAACAGCCUGCUGACUAAAUGCUUUUAAUUUUUCCCCUAAUGUAUAUACUUUGCACACAUUUGUACAGCAAAGGACUGUUUUAUUUUUUUCGUGGAAAUUGUGACAAAAAUCAAGCAGUCACCCAGGAGAGGUUUUCUCUACCAGCUGACGUUAUGUGCACCCAAAAACGUGCAAUUUCAUGUCUCAUUUUUCAAGUUAACUCCUUAAUGAGUUCUUCUGCUCGUUGCUUAAAUCUAAAAGUCUAUUGCAUAAAAUUUACAAAUGUUAGUCCAAGCCUUCACUUGUUAAGCAUUUAGCCAUGUUUUUUUAAGAUUAUUAAUUUACAAUAUGUAUGUAGUAACAACCAAAUCUAGUUUUUUGCUUACUUAUUUUUGUUUUCUUUCCAUGCUUCGUUUGAUUCGACCAAACAGCACGUAAGUAGCUAAUUUUCUUAUUUAGUUUUUCUCUCGAAGACACCGCUCAGCAAUAACUUUGUACAUCAGCGUUUAAAGAAUUCCGAAAUUGUGACGUCACAAAAUCUAUUUUUAGAAUUGUCAAAUUUGGACCGCAUAACAUUUGAAGAGCUUUAUUACAUACCUCGAAUUUACAAGUUCUACUGAAUUUGUUGCAAAUUAGCUAAGAUGUGAUAACAUGAGCACUGACAUUUUCUUCAUCAAGUCACGGGUAUGAUAUCCUUGUUUUUCAAAGUCUCGUGAGAUUAUUAUGAAAAAGGUUGUUGUCUGUGCUUGUAAUUUGUACUAGAAAUUGCUCUCAAGAAGAUAUUUAACUGAUUUUUUUUAAUUCCCCUUUUUUUAUGCUAACCGAUUUUUUCUUUUUCAUUUCAUCUAUGCUUGGAUCGAAACAUACAGGGGGGACAAACAGCAUUACAUUUAGCUGCAAUGCAAGGACACGAUGCUAUUAUCAAAAUGCUUAUCACCGAUUACGGCGCUGACGUUCAUGUAAGAGAUUACGCAGGCAAAAAGCCAAAGGAUUUGGUCAAAGACACAGUAGCAGGAGAUCUACAAAGAAAACUUGGAAGAUCGCUAAUACUCGAUCCCGAUUACAAACCGGUUGUUCGUGCCAGUUUUCAUUUUGAACAAGAUGGCAAAAAGAGUCGAAAAUUAUCCAAGGCAAAACAAGCAGGUUUCUUAGAAGACUGAAGCUCCCUGCCAUUACAGAACUUCUUGUUGUGUUUUUAAGUCAUAUUCAUAUAUAUUCUAAUAUUGUAUCUUAUAAAUUUAUUGUUUUGAAUUAAUAUAUCUUAAAAUUAAUCAUAAAAUUAUUUAACGUAUUUAAUUGCCCAACGCAAGUUUCAUUUGUUUUCUUGACGAAUUAUUGAAAUUAUUUAUUAUAUAUUCUUGUUAUCAUUUGAAUGAAUUUAAGAGUUGUGUUUUGUAAGUUUCAUUUUUAAUAUAAUUUAUUGAUUAUGCAAAUAUAGACCCAUGCUAAGAUAUUUAAGACAUGAUCCAUUAUUUGUUUCAUAGAAAAUCCAAUAUUGGUUUAUUUGUUUAACCUUACGUUGACAAUGUUAUCUCUUGCUAGUCUGUUGAAAUAUUUUUAUACCCUUUCCCAUCCCAAACAUUACCCAGUAAUCUAGUGUGUAACAUAAAUUUUACUGCUAUCGACUGUGGAGUGCUCGUUAUGUGAGCGGUGUAUGAAAUUGAUGAUUCAACACAAUCAGCAAGAUCACCAGUUGUGAUCACGAGGAUCAGUUUUCAUCUUCAAUCGCUAUUAUCAAUCAUUUAUCAGUCAUCAUCCAAUCAUCGUCCGUCCUUAUCAGUCAUCAUCCAAUCAUCGUCCGUCCUGAUCAGUCAUCAUCCAAUCAUCGUUCGUCCUUAUCAGUCACCAUCCAAUCAUCACCAAUCAUUUUAAGUCAUCGUCCAAUCGUCAUCAAUCAUUAUCAAUCGAAGCCAAUCUUCACCUCCUCAUCCCAUCACCAAUCAUAAACAACCACCUGUUCGGAUACAUUCCCCUAUCGACAGCAGCCAAGGUCUUAUAUCUGAAAAGGGCCUACAUUCCUGUUCUUUGGAACCAACUUUUUGCUGUCUGUUGACUCACACUUCCUUUGACCCCCAUUUUGCUGCAUAUUCCCCCGAAAUGUAAAAUUUAAAAAACCCAUAAAUAAUUAGAUUUACUAAAAACGAUCUUUGUCAAUAUUAGUUCUUACUCAUAAUAAUAUAUUUAGGAGGCGUGCUUAACAGUUAUCCGAGUUUAUAUUCCGUUUAAAUAAUUCUGUGUAUCGGAAUUAAAUGCAAAAAGUUUUGAGGUUAUGAGA